CCGGUUAUCAGACUGGAGAGACUGAGCUCAACCAAAGGAAGAAGAAGAUGGCAAUGAUGGCCGACUUCCUGCUUUCCAAGCUGCUGGAGAUGCUGUUCCAAAUGACAAAGGAUGAGUUAACGAUGCAGAUGGGUUUGGUGGGCGAUGUGAACAAGCUUCAGCUCACCCUCGAAGAGCUUCAGUGCUUUCUCCAAGACGCUGAGAAGAAGAGAAUCGAGGAUGCUUCCAUAAAUCGAUGGAUCAACCUAAUCAAGGAUGUCAUGUACGACAUCGAGGAUGUGCUCGACGACUAUCAUGUCCUCGACCUCCCAAGAAGCGGCGCCCACGACGAUUCCAGCUCUUCGUCGACUCCUACCCAUCGCCGGUCGUAUAAAGAGGUAUGCCGCUCUAUCCUGCAUCCCUUCAAGAAGCCUGCAUCCAAACAUACCAUUGGUGUCCAGAUUGCAGAGCUUAAUAGCAGGUUGAAAGAAAUCAUGGUCCAAAUACCCAGAUUACAGCUUAUCAGAACCUUCUCAACCAUUGAUCCUAACCAAGCACCACCCAAUCAGUUGGCUGCUCGCAUGACCCAUUCUUCGGUGGUUCGUACAGAUAUAGUGGGCCUUGAAAUACAUAAGGAUGUUUGGCGCUUAGUUGAGACGUUGACUAAACAUGAUGACCGUGACAAUCCUCUUGUGUGCGCCAUCGUUGGGAUGGGAGGGAUUGGCAAAACCACCCGAGCUAAAUUAGUAUUUGAUGAUCGCACGAUCAAAAACUGCUUUGAGCUUACGAUUUGGGUCUGUGUGUCCCAGAAUUAUGAUCUGAUUGAUAUAUUGAGAAGCAUCAUGAGGUCUGCUGGUGGAGACGAUGAGCACUGUAACAAUCUAAACUUGCUCAGUGAGAAGGUUAAGGUUAGCCUACAAGGCAAAAGGCUAUUCAUGGUGUUGGAUGACGUGUGGGAGACUGAGAGACUGUGGAAGCGCGUGUUGAGAAGCUUGCUCAAGAGUGGCGCCGCGAAAGGAAGUAGGGUUCUGGUCACCACGAGAAACAAAGAGGUAGCGCAUCAGAUGAUGGCAAUACAUGCCGUUCAAGUGGAGCCUCUGUCUCUGGAAGAUGGAUGGUCACUGCUCUGCAAGUCAGCUUUCCCUGAAUGGCAGCAGCAGGAAGCAAAGGAUGAUGUAUGGAAUCUCAGAGCUAUUGGAAUGGAGCUUGUCAAAAAAUGUGAUGGACUGCCGCUAGCGAUCAAUAUCAUCGGUGGAAUGCUGUCCGCGGAGAGGAGAACAACAGAAGCCUGGGAGUUGGUUCUCAAGAGCAGCGCGUGGGAGGUGAAUGGGCUGCCUAAGGAAAUCCACUCGGCUUUAUACAUAAGUUACCAAAACUUGCCUUCGAAUAUCAAGCAAUGUUUCUUGUAUUGUUCCUUGUUUCCUAAAGGCAAUUAUUUUUAUAUGAUGGACGCUCGAAACCUAUGGAUCGAGGAAGGGCUCAUCAAAGAAAACCCGAACGCGGCAUUGCACGAGCUUGCGGCAUUGCACGAGCUUGCAAAUAGUUAUAUUUGGAUACUAUUACAGAGAAACCUCCUAAUGGUCAAGCCAGACGACCCCAUCUGGCUUAGAAUGCAUGACCUUGUUUACACACUCACUCAGUUUCUAAUGCAAAAUGAGAGCCUUGUAGCUACCGGGGAAGAAAUUUUAAACAAUAGAUUCAUUGGAAGGACGAUGAAGCUACGACGUCUUUCUUUUGUUGGUGGCGGCGUCGAAACUAUGAACAUCCUCCCAAAAAACCUAGAAGAACAAGUAUCGUUGAGGACUCUUCUCAUCUUUGAUAAGUUCAUUUGUAAAAUUGAUAAUGACCUUUUCAAUCAUCUUCGUCGUCUAAGGACACUAAUGCUUGAAAACACUAAUGUUUCAAGCUUGCCUGACUCCCUGGGUUCCCUUAAGCUCCUCAGAUACCUAAACCUGUCUAAUACUCCUAUAAGGGAGCUGCCUGAAACCAUCGAAAACCUCAAAAAUCUGAGGACUCUUGAUGUUUCUAAGUGCGUGAACCUCUAUAAUCUUCCCUCAUGCGUAACGAAGUUGCACUGUAUAUGUUUUCUUGUUACUCAAGAUUCUGGGCUGACCCAUCUUCCACCAGGAUUGGGAAGGAUGAACAAACUACAGUAUCUCGAGUUCAUUAUGCCUUCGGAGGAAGCUAUGCCGAAAUCAUCUACUGUUAAGGAGUUGGGAACACUCACGGAACUUAGACAGUUAGUAUUGUGCAAGCUGGAAAGGGUGUUGGACAGCUCGCAAGCAAAAAGUGCUUCUCUCAAAGACAAAAAUCACCUUCAAAAUCUCAAAUUGUGUUGCUCAGAAAGUGAUUCUAAUCAAGUGCUGAUGAAUUAUACACAACUGAAAGAAAUUGCCGAUAAAAUUGAGGAGAUUUUUGAGGAUCUUUGUCCUCCGCCCCAACUAAAAGUACUUGUUAUUGAGAAUUAUUAUGGGAGCAAGCUACCAAAUUGGCUGGGACAUGCUUCAUUUAAUUUUCUGUUUUCUAUAUGUAUUAUUAAUUGUAAAUGUUUUAAUCAGCUUAAUGGCUUGGGAUUGUUGCCCAGCUUGGAAGAACUUGUUAUUCAAGGAGCGUCAUCAAUAAAGAGCAUUGGACCAGCAUUCUACACAGGCAACGACAAAAGCAGUACAGCGAAUGGUGCAUUCUUUCCCAGACUGAAGGUGUUAACGUUUAUAAAAAUGGAUAGCUGGGAGAAGUGGAGUAGUUCGGGGAAAGCCGUGUCUAUGAUACCAUAUUUGGAGGAGUUAAUAAUUUCUGAAUGCCCCAAACUCAAGUCAUUUCCCAGAGAACUCCUACAUCAUGCGGCUAAGUCUUUGAAAAAAAUAAGAAUAUACAAGACUAGAAAACUUCACCUGAAAGUGGUACACAAACUCCCUCGUUUGGAACUACUUGUCCUUCACAGCAUCCCCAAGCUGGAAAGAAUCUCUCGACUUCCAGCACUUCGUGAUCUAAUCAUAGUGGGCUGCCCCGGAAUCAAGUCUAUGAAGCUCGAGCAACAUCUGGAUUUUAUUCAUUGGGAAGAUUUCAAUGCCGACUCUCUUCCAGGAUGGUUUCCCACUGAUGAUGGAUAUGGCAACGACAACGGAUUAAAAGCAUUUGUUUUGGGAAUAUUAUGCAAGGAGGAAUUGGUGAACAGGAUAUGCCUCAGAGGACAAAAUGAAGCUGAUGAGAUGUCUAAAAUAUUUCAACAUUUUGACAACAUCGCUGUAUGCAAUAAGGAACGUUUGAGGCUCACCUACACCAAAAGUCCCAGGAGCUUCACUGUGCAUCCAUUUGAGGCACCAGAAAUACUUGCACCAGGAAACCCUUUUGAUGCCUCUUUAAAGAAAACCGGUUAUCAGACUGGAGAGACUGAGCUCAACCAAAGGAAGAAGAAGAUGGCAAUGAUGGCCGACUUCCUGCUUUCCAAGCUGCUGGAGAUGCUGUUCCAAAUGACAAAGGAUGAGUUAACGAUGCAGAUGGGUUUGGUGGGCGAUGUGAACAAGCUUCAGCUCACCCUCGAAGAGCUUCAGUGCUUUCUCCAAGACGCUGAGAAGAAGAGAAUCGAGGAUGCUUCCACAAAUCGAUGGAUCAACCAAAUCAAGGAUGUCAUGUACGACAUCGAGGAUGUGCUCGACGACUAUCAUGUCCUCGACCUCCCAAGAAGCGGCGCCCACGACGAUUCCAGCUCUUCGUCGACUCCUGCCCAUCACCGGUCGUAUAAAGAGGUAUGCCGCUCUAUCCUGCUUCCCUUCAGGAAGCCUGCGUCCAAACAUACCGUUGGUGUCCAGAUUGCAGAGCUUAAUAGCAGGUUGAAAGAAAUUAUGGGCCAAAUACCCAGAUUACAGCUUAUCAGAACCUUCUCAACCAUUGAUCCUAACCAAGCAGCACGCAAUCAGUUGGCUGCUCGCAUGACGCAUUCUUCGGUGGUUCGUACAGAUAUAGUUGGCCUUGAAAUACAUAAUGAUGUUUGGCGCUUAGUUGAGACGUUGACUAAACAUGAUGACCGUGACAAUCCUCUUGUGUGCGCCAUCGUCGGGAUGGGAGGGAUUGGCAAAACCACCCGAGCUAAAUUAGUAUUUGAUGAUCGCACGAUCAAAAACUGCUUUGAUCUAACGCUUUGGGUCUGUGUGUCCCAGAAUUAUGAUGUGUUUGAUAUAUUGAGAAGCAUCAUCAGGUCUGCUGGUGGAGACGAUGAGCAGUGUCACAAUUUAAACUUGCUCUGUGAGAAGGUCAAGGUUAGCCUGCAAGGCAAAAGGCUAUUCAUAGUGUUGGAUGACGUGUGGGAGACUGAGAGGGUGUGGAAGUGCGUGUUGAGAAGCUUGCUCAAGAGCGGCACCGCAAAAGGAAGCAGGGUUCUGGUCACCACUAGAAACAAGGAGGUAGCGUAUCAGAUGAUGGCUAUACAUGCCGUUCUAGUGGAGCCGCUCCCUCUGGAAGAUGGAUGGUCGCUGCUCUGCAAGUCAGCUUUCCCAGAUUGGCAGCAGCAGGAAGCAAUGGAUGAUGUAUGGAAUCUCAGAGAUAUUGGAAUGCAGCUUGUCAAAAAAUGUGAUGGACUGCCGCUAGCGAUCAAUAUCAUAGGUGGAAUGCUGUCCGCGGAGAGGAGAACAAAAGAAGCCUGGGAAGCCUGGAAGUUGGUUCUCAAGAGCAGCGCGUGGGAGGUGAAUGGGCUUCCUGAGGAAAUCCACUCGGCUUUAUAUAUAAGUUACCAAAACUUACCUUCGAAUAUCAAUUUGCCUUCGAAUAUCAAGCAAUGUUUCUUGUAUUGUUCCUUGUUUCCUAAAGACGAUUGUUUUUAUAUUGUGGACGCUCAAAACCUUUGGAUCCAGGAAGGGCUCAUCAAAGAAGACACGUAUACAGCAUUGCAUGAGGUUGCAAAUAGUUAUAUUUGGAGUCUAUUACAGAGAAACCUCCUAAUGGUCAAGCCAGAUAGCCCAACUCCCAUUCCCGCCUUCCUUAGAAUGCAUGACCUUGUUUACUCACUCACUCAGUUUCUAAUGCAAAAUGAGAGCCUUGUAGCUACCGGGGAAGAAAUUUUAAACAAUAGAUUCAGUGGAAGGACAAUGAGGCUACGACGUCUUUCUUUUAUUGGUGGCGGCGUCAAAACCAUGAACAUCCUCCCAAAAAACCUAGAAGAACAUGUAUCGUUGAGGACUCUUCUCAUCUUUGAUAAAUCCAUUUGUAAAAUUGAUAAUGAGCUUUUCAAUCAUCUUCGUCGUCUGAGAACACUAUGGCUUAGAAACACUAAUGUUUCAAGCUUGCCCGAAUCCCUGGGUUCCCUCAAGCACCUCAGAUAUCUAAACCUGUCAAACACUCCUAUAACGGAGCUGCCUAGAACCAUCAAAAACCUCAAAAAUCUGAGGGCUCUUGAUGUUUCUAAGUGUGUGAACCUUUGUGAUCUUCCCUCAUGCAUAAUGAAGUUGCACUGUCUAUCUUCUCUAGUUACUGAAGAUUCUGGGUUGACCCAUCUUCCACCUGGAUUGGGAAGGUUGAACGAACUGCAGUAUCUGGAGUUCAUUAUGCCUUUGGAGGAAGUUACGGAAAAAUCAUCUACUGUUAAGGAGUUGGGGGCACUCACGGAACUGAGAGAAUUAGUUUUGUGCAAGCUGGAAAGGGUGUUGGACAGGUCACAAGCAAAAAGUGCUGCUCUCAAAGACAAAAAUCACCUUCAAGCUCUCAAAUUGUGUUGCUCAGAAAGUGAUUCUAAUCAAGUGCUGAUGAAUUAUACACAAGUGGAAGAAAUUGCCGAUAAAAUCGAGGAGAUUUUUGAGGAUCUUUGUCCUCCUCCCCAACUAAAAGUUCUUGUUGUUGAGAAUUAUUAUGGGAGCAAGCUACCGAAUUGGCUGGGACAUGCUUCAUUUAAUUUUCUAUCACUCUUGCAAAUCUCUAAUUGUAAAUAUUUUAAGCAGCUUAAUGGCUUAGGAUUGUUGCCCAGCUUGGAAGCACUUACCAUAAUAGGGGCAUCAUCAAUAAAGAGCAUUGGACCAGCAUUCUAUUUAGGCAACGACAAAAGUAAUAUAGAGAAUCGUGCAGUCUUUCCGAGACUGAAGGUGUUGAUGUUUAUACAAAUGGAUAGCUGGGAGGAGUGGAGUAGUUCGGGGAAUGCCAUGCCUAUGAUGCCUUAUUUGGAGGAGUUAAUAAUUUCUGAAUGCCCCAAACUCAAGUCAUUUCCCAGAGAACUCCUACAUCAUGCGGCUAAGUCUUUGAAAAAAAUAAGAAUAUACAAGACUAGAAAACUUCACCUGACUAGAGAACUCCCCCUGAAAGUGGUACACAAACUCCCUCGUUUGGAACUACUUAUCCUUCAAAACAUCCCCAAGCUGGAGAGAAUCUCUCGACUUCCAGCACUACAAGAUAUGAGUAUAGCGGACUGCGCAGGAAUUAAGUCUGUGAAGUUUAAUCAUCGUUUGCAUUUCAUUGAUUGGGAAGAUUUCAAUGCCGACUCUCUUCCAGUUUGGUUUCCCACCGAUGAUGAAUAUGGCGACGACAGCAGAUUAAAAGCAUUUUUCUUGGCAAUAGUAUGCAAGGAGGAAUUGGUGAGGAAGAUAUGCCUGGAAGGACAAAAUGAAGGUGAUGAGGUGUCUAAAAUAUUCCAGCACUUUGACCACAUCGUUGUCCGCAAUAAGGAAAGUUUGAGGCUCAACUACACCAAAAAUCCCAGGAGCUUCAUUGUGCAUCCAGUUGAGGAACCAAAGAUAAUAUAA